CCGAUCGUCGCCUCAAAGCUGUUUGAAGACGAAACGAAGAAGGUGCGCGUGCCUCACACAGAGUACGGCCAGUCCUGCCCGAAGUGCUUUGGACGCGGACAUGUGCAGUGCAAAUCCUGCCACGGCACGGGAAGCGAGCGCUGCACAUGGUGCAACGGAAGUGGAGUGCGGACCAUCGGCGAAGAACGCACGCAGUGCUCGUUCUGCCAUGGAUCGGGACACGAGCAGUGCAGUUCUUGCCAUGGAAGAGGACUGAGACAAUGCAAGGAGUGCGAUGGCCACGGACAGAUCGUGUAUUUCAUUGAGAUCACGGCGAGCUUUACGAACCAUAUCGAGUAUCGGAUCAUCGAUGCGGAUGGUCUGCCCGAUGAUCUCGUCGAUAAAGCGAGCUCGUCGAUUCUGGCCAAACAGGAGGGCUAUCGGAUUUUGCCUCCGCAGGACGUGUUCGAGCCCAAGAUUCGCGAGGCGUGCAGCAUGCUGUUCACGAACGCGGAGAAUUUCAUCAAUUCCGGAACGGAAAGACUGCUCCAGGAACGCGUCACGGUGAAGGUUAUCCCGAUGGCGAAAGCGACUGGCGCGUGGAAGGGGAAGAGCUGCGAGUUCUGGGUCUACGGAAACAACAAGGUGGCGUAUGCGCCUCGGUACAAUAAGGAGUUUUACCACGGCUGCAGCAUUAUGU